CUGCUGCUGCCGCCCGCCGCCCCGGCCCCCGGCGCGCCGAGCGGGACUCCCCUCGCCGGCGCGGGGCUGCAGGGGACGCCCGAUGCGGGCCCCGAGCGCGAGCCGCCGCCCGGCCCCCGCCGGCCGGACCCGGGGCAGGACGCCGCGACACGGCGGGGACCCUCGGGCCCGGCCCCCUCAGGCGCGAGCGCGGCUACGGUAAGGGACGACUGGCCAGAAAGUAACACUGACCUGCACGUAGAAAACAUCACUGCUGAUCACAAUCAAAUGAACGUUUCGACAGCAGCCUCCAGAGAGGGUGUGGAGACUCAGACCCCCAGAGACAGCCAUGCUUCUUCCGAUGCUCCAGGAAACUCCAUGGCACAACCCAAAACGGCACGUGCUGAAGGAAGGAACAACUCUUCAAGGAGAGCAGGUUUCACCGUUUCCUCUGUUGGGCCUGAGAUAGCGACAGCUCUGACUUCCCAGAGCGGCUCCUUGGCUUCUGAAAGUAUGGAGGAGGUGAACAGCUCCACUGCGCUCCAGAGCCCCUCCGUCAGUCAGACAAAACGAGUGCCUGUUGCCACCACAUUCCCUGAUGGUGUCCCAAGGAUGCUCCAGUCUUCGACCGUCAGUCUGGGACCUCUAAACGAGACAGAGAGUUUCCCCAAGGACUCUGAAAUUGCCACGACUUCAGCAUCAGUCCAUUCUUCACCCUCUGAUGCAGAAUCGAAAAGAAACGAUGAAGUCAUGGGGAAUCCAGGGCAUGGGGAGUUCACUGAGCCAUUCACAGAAAAUGGAUUUGGCCUUACAUCUUCCGAGGUCUCAGUGGGACUUUGGCAAAAUGAUUCCCCGACCUCCAGAGGACACCAGCUUGCCAGCAGCUCUGAGGCAGAGAACAGAAGCCCCAUGUCUCCAACUCAGACUGUGUCUAGGUCAGUCCCAUUGGUCACAGAUGGAGAAGGCACUGCACGCUGGUUCUCGACCGACAGCAAGACAUUCACAGAUGUGACAGGAAGCUCUACUUUCUAUCCUGAUGUUGUGAACGCUUCGGUUUUGACUCAGUUCUCAGCCUCUGCCCCACAGUCUAGAGGAAGCGACACAGCACUGGGUGAUAGGGGCUACUCUGAGCCGGCCACCGAGACUUUGUCUUCACCUGCCUCAAAGAGCCAGAAUUCCUCCGCACCACGUGGUGAACGCUCCACCACUGAAGACGGUCCUGAGCUGAGAGUCAUUUCCGAGGCACAGGAGGGGACUUCCGAGGGGGCGACUGGAGCCCGUGCUCCCAGCCCGCACACUUCAGCCACUUUCACUGGAAGCGGAGAGCGCACGCUGAGGUCUCUCACCAACGGAAGCACCACUCCUGGGGACGUGGGACACUCUGUGGCGGCGCCCAGAGAAACAGAGAGUGCCACCCAGCGGGGGAACGUGACCAUGACUGAUGACGCCCACCUGGUCUCGGGUUCACCAGCGGCCUCGCCUGCCCUUGGAGUCACUGGAAUUGGCAGUCCCUGGAAUCAAGUGAGUGGCACAGACGUUGAAGAGAGAACUUCCAGCGACUACACAGGCCACACCUAUGUUUCGUCUACUUUCACCAAAGGAGAACGGGCAUUACUGUCCAUCACAGACAACAGCUCAUCCUCGGACGUUAGGGAGAGUUCGACCUCUUCUAUUAAGAUCUCAAACUCUUCCUAUUCAGACUACCCUUCCUCUUCUCAGGCUCAGACUGAAAGAAGUAAUGUAUCAUCCUACGAAGGGGAAUAUGCUCAGCCUUCUACUCACUCCCUGCUUCUGCGCACAGCCAACCUUCCGUCCUAUACACCCACCGUUAAUAUGUCAGACCCUUUGGUUCUUCUGGACAGCGAUACUGGCUCGCUUGGUGACUCAUCUUCUUCUUCAUCAGGGUCCCCUUUGCCUCUGCCCUCAGUGUCACAAUCCCACCAGUUGUUCUCAUCCACCUUACCAUCAACCAGGGCCUCUGCUCACCCACUGCAGUCCACUCCUGGUGCGCCCAUACCUUUGUCUUCCUCACCACCACCUGUACCAAUAUCUCUGACAGCAUCUACCCCUGCCUCGAAGUCCAUCUUCCAAACAACCCUACCGCCUUCAUCUUCUACACUUGUCCUGCCCAGGGCAAGGGACACUCCUGUGACUUCAGUUUGGAUGUCAACAAUGACAUCUGUAACAAUCCUCCCCAGUAGUCGAACAGCAGAUCCUAAGAACCAGAGCAACUCACACCAUGAGCAAAUCAUUACGGAAUCAGAGCUACCAAGCCUGGAGUCUCUGCCCACAGAGGCCACCGAAGCUGUAACAAUGAGGUCUACUUCAGGGAUCUCUAUGUCCCCAGCCUCAGCAGAGUCCUCUACUGAGCAGACUCUGCCAGCCACAAGCACCAGCGUAGCCCAAACGUCUCCAGCUUUGACAACCACCUAUCUCGAAACCUCCUCUCCCCCUGUGACCACUCCCAGCCCCCCAUCAAGCACAGCAGCUCUGACGGCUGGCCCCACAGUACAGACUACAACCAGAAAACAGCUCUUGACAACCAGUCCUGAAAUUCCAGCACCUCCGAUCUCAACAGAAGGUUCUGUCACCACAGAAAGGAACCAAGUCCGUAUAGAUGCUACCAUCCGAUUGGUCCCCCUGACCAGUACACCCACUUCGGCAGAAGAACUGACCAUGGGGGUUGGCAUUACAGAAGAGGACACCCGGACUUCACAUUUCCUCAGAACAUCUCCUUCUCCCCAAACCACAGAUGUCUCUACAGCUAAAAUGUUGCCUCCUAAAUCUACUGCCUCCACUGCUCGGAGCAGCACGCAGUCACCAACAGCAUUGUCCUCUCCAGCCUCAGCUAACAGCUGUGCCACUAACCCUUGUCUUCAUGACGGGAAGUGCGUUGUGGACCCCGCCAGCCGAGGGUAUCAAUGCCUGUGCUCACCUUCCUGGCAAGGAGAUGACUGCAGUGUAGAUGUGAAUGAAUGUCUCUUGAACCCCUGCCCACCCCUGGCCACGUGCAACAAUACUCAGGGAUCCUUCACCUGCAAAUGCCCAGUUGGGUACCAGUUGGAAAAAGAAAUAUGCAAUUUGGUUAGAACCUUCGUGACAGAUUUUAAAUUAAAGAAAACGUUUCUUAAUACCACAGUGGAAAAGUAUUCAGACCUACGUGAAGCUGAAAAGGAGAUCACCAGAACAUUAAAUCUGUGUUUCUCCACAUUACCUGGUUAUACCCGAUCCACAGUUCACGCUUCUAGGGAGUCCAGCGCGGUGGCCAUGUCACUACAAACCACCUUCUCCCUGGCCUCCAACGUGACGCUGUUCGACCUGGCUGACAGGAUGCAGAAGUGUGUCAACUCCUGCAGGUCCUCCGCGGAGGUCUGUCAGCUCUUGGGAUCUCAGAAGAGGCUCUUUAGAGCGGGCAGCUUGUGCAAGCGGAAGACUCCGGAAUGUGACAAAGAGACCUCCAUCUGCACUGAUUUGGACGGCGUGGCGCUGUGUCAGUGCAAGUCGGGGUACUUUCAGUUCAACAAGAUGGAUCACUCCUGCCGAGCAUGUGAAGAUGGAUACAGGCUUGAAAAUGAAACCUGUAUGAGUUGCCCAUUCGGCCUUGGUGGUCUCAACUGUGGAAACCCCUAUCAGCUCAUCACCGUGGUGAUUGCAGCAGCCGGAGGCGGGCUCCUGCUCAUCCUGGGCAUUGCGCUGAUUGUCACCUGUUGCAGAAAGAAUAAAAAUGACAUCAGCAAACUCAUCUUCAAAAGUGGGGAUUUCCAAAUGUCCCCAUAUGCUGAGUACCCCAAGAACCCUCGCUCACAAGAGUGGGGCCGAGAAGCCAUUGAGAUGCAUGAGAAUGGAAGCACCAAAAACCUCCUCCAGAUGACAGAUGUGUAUUACUCGCCCACAAGUGUAAGGAAUCCUGAACUUGAACGAAAUGGACUCUACCCGGCCUACACUGGAUUGCCGGGGUCACGGCAUUCUUGCAUCUUCCCCGGACAGUAUAACCCAUCUUUCAUCAGUGAUGAGAGCAGGAGAAGAGACUACUUUUAAGUGCAGAAGAGAGAGGGACCCAUUGCUCUGAGCAGACUGCCCGGGACCCUGUUGCUCAGAGGACUGCACCCGGGGGGGGAGCACCAAACACUGGCUGCCCCCACCAUUUAUGGAGCCACACUUGAGUGGCAGGCAGAAAGUGGGACAGGCGUGAGGGGCGUGAACACCGUGCAAGAGGACAGAUGGAACCUGUGGACGUGGAACCCUAGGCUGCUCAUCCGGCACCUUCGUUGUUACUGUGAAUGUGAACAUGGGCCAGUACCAGGAGAGACUCUUGAGUGACGCGCGUGGCCACCAGUCGAUGGAUGACAGUUAGCGAGGGCAGAUCACUAGGUUUCAUGGCAAGGACCCAGUUCUUCGUUAGUUUGCACUUUAGUAAACUGAGUAGGGAGGUCUCUUUUUGGGUUUUUUUUCAAGACUGUUCCAGGCAGAAGGCCUCUUUUCCUCAGACACUUCCGUAGGCCUCAAUUUGGUGAUGAAUUUACAGCAAAAUACUGGCUCUUUAGUUGUUUUUCUGCCCAGUACCUACAAGCUAACCAACAGCCGAUGAUGUUGAUAAACAUACCCCUAAGGUUUGGAGAUGCUGUGGGUUAACGUACAGUAUUUUAGUAUGUUGCUAGGUCUUCUUGUGCUGCAGCCCCCAAAAUGAGGAAUUGAAAUUUGUGGGGCACAGCACACAACUCCAGUUUUUUUUGGUCAGAGUGACACAUUUACGAUUCUUUUUUCCCUUUGCAGUUAAAUCUCACUUAUUCAAAUAAGUCUGGAUCAGGGCAAAACCACUUCCCUUUGGUUUUAGCUCAAGGCAUCCAGCGGCCCCAUGGAGAGGCCCAGCAGGCAGUAGAGGGCGCUGGCGCUGGGCGACGGCCCCGGUGGAAGCUUGACAGAGCCGCAGGCGGUGGGGCGCUUGGCAUCCCUGAGGACAUUGCUUGGUGCCGGGGACACUGACCUCCAUCUUUGAGGCCGAGGCUGCUUCGUAUGGAGUAGAAGUGGAAAGCUGAAUGCAGGUUGGGUCUCAGCUGGUAUUUCACCACUAAAGGAAAGUAGCAUGAUGUAGUCGCUGCAGCUGAAUGUGCUCAGAGGAGUGGGCAGAAUAGGCAAGUUGGGUUUCCCAAAACACCAGUGCUUUAGGAAGCUGUGUGGACUCCUGAGGGAGCUGGGGUAGAACCACACGUGAGUCUGCCUACCUGCUAGUGCGGCAUCUUUGACUCUUUCCCUGAUCUUGUCCACACACUCAGUGUGAACUGUCAGCCGACCACUCAAAGCUAUUUAUUCACUGAAGAAAUAACUUAUUUUCUCUCGUCCAGUGAUUUGUACCUCUUUGUACUACUACAUAGUUCCCUACAGAAACGUGGUUAUAAUUCAAGUCAGCGUUGGAGAACUGAAGACUCCCGGCCAGUUAGGGAGUCAAGAGUCUGCCUUUGGGAAGGGAAUUCCCCGGGUCUUAUUUAUUGUGCCUGUGACGUGGGUCCUGUAGGGGGGGGGGGGCGUAUCCAGUGCUCAGUGUCUUUAACCGCUUCCUGUGGAACUGUGAUUGUUCUCGUCAUCUGCUCUUAAAACAUCCUGGUUUGGGAUGAAGUGAAGAGAACACAGGUAAAAGGAUUGUUCCCACCCUGAAGCUUGGAGCUCAGUGGCACCCACCUUUCUGGAAAUGGUGCAGCCUCUGGGAACAGCUCUGUCGUGGGCGUGGUUGUGUCUUCAAGGGUCUCUAAUCUGUUCAGAGUGUAUUUCAUCCGUAUUGUGAUGUCAUCCUCGUCUGAACAGUUUGAAGUGCGAACCCCUGCGUCCCGUGGCCUCCCCCAGUCACUGCCACCUGCUGCAGCAGGGACGCUAGUCAGGUGCGAGGCCUCUUACUGGUUCAGUUGCACUCAUCUCGUGAGACAGAUAUAAAAAGAAUUCUGUUUUUGUCAGUGGAUGCCAACUUUAAAAUCUCAGAGCAUUAUUACCUUUUUGAAAUCGUGGGUCUUGCAUCUCUCUGUGGAACCAAAGAGCUCUUUGUGCCUCAGGGCCUUGCCUCUCACUGGAGUGCUCGAGCUCCUGCCCUCAGCUCACCUGAGCCAACAGACUUGGAUCCCUCGUCAGGGGGCCCAGCUUCCUGGCUCGUGACACAGAUCCUUACUCAUCCCCAGGACCCAAAGCCAUGGCGGGGGGCUAUUCCCGGCCAUACACGUUUGCCACCUUCAGCUGACCUCACAGGUGACAAAUCGUCCCCAGGGUCAAGGCCAGAAGCUAUAAGCUCCACAAAAUGAAGUAUCUGUCCCGAAAGCAUUCUAGAGAAGAAUCCUAAAGUCCAAAAAAGAGUGUCCUGUGAGUUCCAGAAUGCAUUCCUGUGAAUGGGUUUUGUGCAUAUGAAGUGGAUUAAGAAUGUUGUUCUGUGCACGUGAAGUGGAUUAAGAAUGUUGUUUUUCUUUCACUGUGAAACAAGGAGGCACCCUGCAAGGUUGCGUUCACAUCAUGUCUGCACUUACUAGGAGGCUCGUAGGGGUGGGGAAGGUGCAUCUCAAGAACAUGAGGGUCUAAGAUGAAGGGCUGGAAGCAGCAGGACUGUUCCCCAGUGCCAGGUGCCCACCGGAGUGAGGAAGAGAGAGGCCAGCUUCACUCCUGCUUGGGGCUAAUACCUCCAGAAGGCUCCUGCCUGGGCUGAGGGGAACCAACUGGUAGGGCAGCGCAACCUCUGGACUGUGGGGACAGGGCUGACUGCACCACAGCAAGCAGAAGCUCUCAGCUCUGGCCAGGUGCUCCGUGUCAGCCUCGCACCUGGAAGGUGGGAUUCAUGCACACACAAGUGCCACAGUCCUGCGUUGGAGCCCCACAGCUCGGGGAAGGUGGGAGGAAGGGAAACGUGACAUUCAACUGCCCAUGAGACGCUUAAACUUCUGUAGGGAAGAGCAGGGCCAAAGGGAUCCAUAUGUCCCAUAGCAUACCAGAGCACACAGUGGCUCAGAGCAAGGCGGUGCUUGCCUGCUGGCCUCCCAGCAUCUGUGGGUUUUGUUUAGGCUUCAGAGGGUCUUGUUUCUCAUCUCCUUCCCCUUUGCCCCAUGAGCUAGCCCAGGGCACUGGAGACAAUUUAGGAAGUCUAGACAGCCCCAACUAGCAUCUCACUGUUCCUCCCAUGGACACGCUCUGUACUUGGCCCCACUGCACCCUGGGGGGGUGGGCAUGAGAGCGCCCACUUCUCGGACGGGGGAACCUUUAGAGGAUAAACGCUUUGCCUUGCCGAGCCAGGAUUCAAACUCUUGUGCCUGGCUUGCACUUCCCACUGUACCUCCCUGCCUCACCUUCCUGGCAGAUGCCCCACCAUCCCUUGUACUUUAAAUGUCAAAGAGGCCAUGAGAGUGUGGGCUUUGAAUGUUUUUUGAAAGAACCUUCAUCUUGUUAAGCAGUAACUAAACUAGUGACAUGAAGUGCAAAAAAAAUGUUGAAUCCCCUUUUGAAAAAGUCCUUUCAGGUUUCUUGUCACGUAUAUUUCUUGGACACUUGUCAUCAAUAAGAAAAUAGUAGCUGGCUCGUGCUUAGCAAGAAGCAUAGUGGUACAUGGCUUUGGGUGCAGGAGGUGUAAGGUGAUGACCUGAGAUUUUGGCAAACACAGCCAGACUUAGACGUCCAUCUGAGGGCCGCUUUGCCUGGUUGCCGUGGUAAGGCCAUGGCUCCCACAUCUUGAAAGCAUAUUUUUGUGAACAUCAUCAGAGUCAGGAACAUAUUCAGUCAAAUGUCUUAAAUGCUGACAAAUCUUCCCCCUUUGACAGAAGUUUAUUUUCAGGAGCAGCUGAGUCAUUUAGAGCCAAAAUUGCUGAAUGGAUGGUGUCAUCAAGCUGGCUGAUAGCAAUGGAGGUCGAAAACUAAGACGUGACUGUUAAGUUCUUAAAGAGGUAACGCUUAAAGUUGGCCCAAACCGGAGGGCAGCACCUUUGCAAUACAAGGCUGGAUGGCUGCCGAGGAAAAUGUCUUUGAGUGAUGAUGUGAUGUGAAGGUUCCCAGGGCAGACACAUCACGGUCAUCCUUUCACGUGGCUUUUUGGGGCCUCCAUUAACCCAUCAUGCCCACUGGUGAAGUGCCCGAGUGCCCUGUAACUCUGAACUUCACCUGAAGAGACUAGAGCUGUCAGUCCAGUUGCUCCUGGCUUACUUAAACCUAACACGCCCAAAACUAGGAUUUUGACCCACAGUUCUGAGACACUGAUUUUGAAACUAGAGCACUUCUUUGGAGAGAGGAAGGAUGCAAAGUUCAGUAUUUCAGUGUUUUGUAUCUUAUUUAAAUCAGAGAUAUUUUUUCUAUGUGAAAACUUUUGUGGGGAUUAGAAGGGACAUUUCAUUUCCUCCUUGACGAAGCGUCCUUCUGAGGUUCUUGUGUGCAUUUUCGGAAACAGAGAUACAGUUUUGUAGAGCUGGCUUUUGAAUAUGUGUUCUUCACUCUUUGUCUUUUCUUAAAUCCCCAGAGAAGGAAACUGGUUAAAAUACUAGGAACAUUAAAGUAUUCCAUGUCAGUUAAUUUGUUGUGCUAAAGUCUCUUUUCAAUAGUGUUACAAUCCAUCCUAUUUAGUGUAAACUGCUCACAGAAAGGCCUGUGAAAACCGAAGGGGACAAUUACAGUCUAAAUAGAGGUCUUACUCUGGCUCUGUCCCCUCGGCAUUUUCAAAGAGGUGAUUUCAAAGGAUUUGCAUAUUAGAUUCUGGUUUUAUUUAUUUAUUUUUUUUGGACAUGUAAUAAUGCACUUUAGGUGCAGAGUUCUUGGGUAGAAAGGAUGGGACCAGACAGGGAUGGGAUGGAACCAGUCUACCUGGGCAACUAACCCAGGUUUCUGUGUUACCUGGCCUGUUUCUUUAAAAAAAGAUCUUUUAUCAGGGGUUGCUGUGAGUUUUGUUAAUGUUUGUGUUGCUAGAUGUACGGUUAAAUGGAGCAUGUAGCUGGAAUAUUAACUUUCUGAGUGUUCACAUUGUCCUGAAUUUCUCUUUGCAAACCUUUAAACCUUAGCCCCUGGUUGAUUGUGUUAAAUCCAUUAUGAGAAUGUUAUUUAAAGUUGUAUUAUAAUUGCAACCUCCACUAAUUAUUCAGUACUGUAGCAGCAAAGUAUUAUUUGUAAGAAUUCGGUUAUUUUUAUACUUAUAUCCACUAUAAGUCUGGCGUUCUAGUCAGUAAAAUGAUGCAAUAAAAUAAAUAUUUUCA